AUGAAUGGGUAAGAGGAAGGUGGGAAGUUCUUUCUUUCUUUCUGGGUAAAGUGUAGAGAAGAGAGAAAUGAUGAACUAGCUAGAUGGGAAUACAAAUGUCUAAGGCAGUCAAUCUGCUGACCAGAUGGACGCCUGCGCCUAUUGACAUUUUGAGCCGCCAUGGAAUUGUGUAGCUUUAUUUGUUUGUUGUAAAGCAGACGACACUAUAUUCAACCUAAGAGCAUUGUUGCCUCAACACACGUGGAGGUAGAAAACCGACUUCCUAAUCUCCUUAUUUAAUCAAAGUUUGUCAUAUCCUUCACAAUUUGUUCAUCGGACUCCUCUUUUUCUUGCGUUUCUCUAAUUUUCUCUGGUGGGUUUGCUGAGUUUUAGCCUGAGAGUACCUUAAACAUCUUGCUUCACUGUUUCGGUGGAUUUUAAACAGCUGAAAUAGUCUAAAGAAGAGGAUUAAUUUAUAUAUCAUACAAUUAUGACUACAUGUUUCCCUUUAUUAUUUGGAAGGAGAGUAAAUCUUGUAAGGCUGUCUAAUGAGUUCUCCCAAGAACUCUCAGACAUCAACAAAGUCAAUAUUUACUCGUACAGAGAGCUAAGAAAUGCCACAGAUGGUUUCUCGCCCGCCAAUAAGAUUGGAGAAGGUGGUUUUGGUUCUGUUUAUAAGGGGAGACUUAGAAAUGGGAGGCUUGCUGCCAUGAAGGUUCUUUCAGCUCAGUCAAGGCAAGGGGUACAAGAGUUCUUGACAGAGAUUAAUAUUAUUUCGGCAGUCAAGCAUGAGAAUUUGGUGGAGCUUUACGGCUGUUGUGCAGAAGGAGACCAUAGAAUACUUGUCUACAACUACGUCGAGAAUAACAGUCUUACGCAGACACUUCUUGGUAAGGGUCAGAAUAGUAACAUCCAAUUUAAUUGGAGAACAAGAGCUAAAAUAUGCAUUGGGAUUGCUCGGGGGCUCGCCUUUCUUCAUGAUGAAGUGCAGCCAUACAUUGUUCAUCGAGAUAUUAAAGCUAGUAAUAUUCUCCUUGACUGUGACUUGACUCCUAAAAUUGCGGAUUUUGGUCUGGCAAAGCUUAUCCCAGCUCACAUGACCCAUGUUAGCACCCGCGUAGCAGGAACAUUAGGCUAUCUGGCACCAGAAUAUGCGAUAAGGGGACAAUUGACAAGAAGAGCAGAUACAUACAGUUUUGGUGUACUCAUUGUGGAAAUUGUUUGUGGUAGAAACAACACUAAUACACGCCUUCCUUUUGGAGAACAAUAUCUUCUAGAAAUGGCAUGGAAUCUGUACGAGAGAAAUGAACUAGUAACAGUUGUGGAUGCAUCUUUAGAAGGGCAUUUUGAUGCUGAUGAGGCCUGCAGGUUCUUGAAAAUUGGUCUUCUCUGCACACAAGACUCUCCGAAACUUCGUCCAUCCAUGUCCACAGUGGUCAAGAUGCUGACAGGGGAGAUUGACGUUAAUGAGAAGAUGAUAUCGAAACCAGGCUUGAUAUCGGAUAUGAUGGAACUCAAAGUUAAGAACAACAAUCCUGAUCCUAAGAUUGGUAAAAAGGAGGCAUCUUCUGAUUUCAAUUCAAAUUUCAAUUCAAAUUCAAAUUCCACGUUAUCGUCGGGAACCUCAUCUUGUCCAACCAUGACAUUUACUGAUAUAUGUGAUCGAAGCAUAUGAGAGUGAUUUUUCAUCGGUCAUAUGAACCAGUUUUGUGGGUUGAGAUGCUUGUUUUCUUGUAAAUUUGUAGAAAAAUGUGUGUUGUUCAAUUGAAGGAUUGAAGGUCAUAUGUUGCUGUCCUGUAAGUAGGAUUUUAGUAGAGUUUUGUAAUAUUGUGUGUUACCAAUCAAUUAAUUAAGCCAUUCAUUUAAUC